AUGCGUUAUUCAGCUAAGAUUAAUGCUCUGCUGGCGGGUGCACCAUUAAGCUUUCAGUUCCACGCCGAGAAUAUUGUAUGCUCGGGUCUUGGCCGUAUCUUACUGCUCGACCAUAUCAAGCUGGCCGAUUUAACGAAAUUGGCUCAUCAAGGCUGA